AUGACUAUCUGCUCCGGGUGCGGAGCCGCCACGGAUGCCACCAUAUGCUGCCCCAUAUGCCUGAAAAACAACAAGAAGAUAUUUUACUGCUCACAAGAAUGCUUUGAGGCGAACUACAGUGAACACAAGAAAAUCCACUACUUCAUAAAAAUGAUAAGCAGCGAGGAAAUGCACAGCAAAAUGUUGGAGCGGGACGGGGGUAGCGAGAGGCACAACUUGCCCGUGAUAAUACUGGGGGACGAGAAUGGGGUGGAGGCGGUGGACAGGUCUCCCUUCCAAGCGAACCUGGCGGCGGAGCGCGGCAAUUCGGAUGUUAGCGUGAACUAUGAUGUUAGUGACCAUCACGAGGGGGGCGAUUCCUACGCAACCAGUGUGGAAACCAAGAAAGGCACCCAAAAUAGCAAGUUUGAAAAUAUGUACAGGAAAAAAAAUAACAAAAAAUAUAAAAGAAUAGGCAACAAUGACUACCUGUUUGAUGACUCUAGUGAACAGAACGACACGAGUGAGAACAACUCUUACAAGGGAAAUCGAAAAAGAAGUAAACUGUCCACCUACAUGCACAAUCUGUCAGGCUACCUCUUCUGCAAUAAGUACAACAUGAUACUGCCAUACUAUAACGAUAUGUCCGUCAAUCCAGACAAAAUUAACUUAAAAAACGGAAAGGGUAAAAAUAAACUGAGCGAAAAAAAAAUACAGGAAAUAAAAAAACAGAUAAAAAAGAAGAGAAUUUUCCAACUCACUAUUCUCCUGGUAGUCAUAUCGAUUGUUGUCAUUUUAGCUACCUGUAUAUUCUCCUACAUCCUUGAAACGUCACAGAAAAAUCUCCAAAUAAAUUCAGAAAUUUUAAUAAACAAAAAUAAUGCUGCGAAGAAUGCCGAGAUUGUCGAACUGAAGUCUUAUAUCAACGUUAUAGAAGAUUUGCGAAAAGAAAUUUAUGAAAUGAAAGAAGUUCUUUACACACAUAAUGUUUUUUUAAGUAACAAAUUUAACCUGAACAGCUCAUACCCUUUAUUUAACAAUUCGAACAAAAUGAAGUCAAACCCUGCUGCUACGCAUAGUAAGAAAUCUGCAGAUAAGUUAGGGAGUCUUACCUCGCACCUGUUUUAUGAUAGCCCGUCUUCCACCUCCGAUGGAAUUUAUAAUUACGGAAAUGCUGCAGGAGAUAAAAAAGCCGACCAUUUUGACAGCUCCGUGCGUCUAACUCAACAGCAUUAUGAUAUUAAUGAUAUUCAUGAGGUAAGCAAUAGCGUCAGUGGGGAGAACGCUAAGCAUGUGGAGGGAGAAAUUAAUCUUCCCGAUCGAGCAGAUGGGGAAGGAGAACACAGCCAUUCUCAAAUGAAAGACUUGAGCGAAACCUUUCCAUCGAGUGCUGUAGAGAAUGCAGACCACGCUGUAGGAGAGAACACCCCUUCACAAAAUGGGGAGGUACGCCUGAGUAAUGAAAACAUCAACGAACCGAGUGGAGACCCACUUGCAAACGAAGAAGAACUGGUGCAGGAAAAUGUGAAAAAUUUUAUAAAAAACCACAACAUGCCGAAUAACGUGGAGCAGGCAAAAAUAACUAACGUAAUUGUCAAUGAAGAGAAACCCAUAAACUCCAAAAAUCUCAUGGCAGAAAAUAUCAGCGCCACGAGUGAUACGCAGGAAGUGGGGAUAAACAGCGCACCCAAUGAAAAUGACAUACAUAGUCACGAGGAAAAGCUGAAACGUAAGAAGUAUACCUCCAAAGGGGAAGGCGGUGAAGGGGAUAACAACACAGAGAGGAAAUUCAGCAGUAGCAAACUCAACAAGAAGAAACAAAACACGAUUUGA